CUGUGAUUAUUACGAUAGAAAAGCUCUCAUUACCUUUACCACAUCUCUUCCAUAUCCUAUUUUUCGACGUGAUUCACUAUCAGGAUAUACUCAAUGUGACGGCACGUUUCCAAACGAAGUUACCUAUUUCUCUUUUAGUCCGAACCCAAUAAUUGUUGGUCAAAAUGUUACAUACACUGUUACUGAAGUAAACACUGCAACAAUCCAAGAAGGUGCAACAUUAAAUGUUACAGGAUAUUAUCAACAAAAAGUAGCAUUUAAUGAAGUUACUGAUUUUUGUAAAGAGUGGAUUGAAGCAAGUGGUUAUAAAUGCCCUCUGGAGCCCGGAACCUAUUCACUCGUUGUUUCUGAGUAUAUUAUGCCUGGUCAAAAUGACCCAAAAAACACUACAAUUGACUUUGAUUUAAGAGUUGAAGUUGCCAAUCCUGGAGAUCCUAAUACUAUCCUGACUUGUUUGGAAGGAAAAUAUCCUAUGCAUUAUCCGUGA